CGGAAAUGAUGCCGUUUUGUUUUUCUGUCUGUCGUGUGCCUAGCAAGCUAGGCGAACACUUUUGUUGUCAGAAAGGUGUGACUUUGUGAAAUAACGAUUUGGGAGCAAAUAAACAACCUACCGUGCAGAUGGCGGACCCUGCGGUGAUGGCGGGUGGAUUCAGUGCUAUAGUAGGGCGUUCCGGGUGUGGUAAGGCGACGUCCAGCCCGGCAGAGAAUUACCAGCUUGCCCGGCGUCGCACCCUCCAAGUGGUAGUGAGCUCUCUGCUGACAGAGUGUGGAUUCGAGAGCGCAGAGAAGGCCACCGUGGAAUCACUGACUGAGAUGAUCCAGAGCUACAUAUCUGAAGUAGGUCGUUGUGCCAAGGCAUACUGUGAACACACAGCUCGAAUCACGCCCACCCUCUCUGACGCUGUGGUCACACUCAAUGAAAUGGGUUUCAAUGUGGACACUCUGCCAGGGUAUGCCAAGAGAUCACAGAGGAUGGUUAUAACUGCUCCUCCAGUGACGAAUGCUCCUGUGAUCCCAAAGGCCUUGAUUGCUGGACAGAAACGCACUCAUCCCUCCCACAUCCCCAGCCACUUCCCGGAGUUCCCCGAUCCUCACACUUACAUCAAAACUCCAACGUUUCGGGAGCCUGUGUCAGAUUAUCAGGUGGUGCGAGAGAAGGCAGCUUCUCAGAGAAGAGAUGUAGAGCGAGCACUCACACGCUUCAUGGCCAAGACAGGAGAAACACAGAGCCUCUUCAAGGAUGAUGUCACUGCCUUCCCAUUGAUCGCAGAGCGGCCCAGCUCCAUCCCGUACCUCAGUGCCCUGCUGCCCUCAGAACUGGAGCUGCAGACUCUGGAGGAGACUGACUCCUCUGAACAGGACGAUCAGACCGACAGCGAGAACACGCCAGUCAACAACCUCAAUGAUGAUCCUGGAGCUGAUAAGGAGAAUUCCGUGCUUCUUGCUGGGGGCGUGGUUCCCUCGGUGAAGGUCAGUGAAGAAAACAUGAUUGACAACCCAUACUUGAGGCCAGUCAAGAAACCCAAAGUGAGGAGGAAGAAGUGAGAGUUUACUACACUUAGCUACUAAUUUGGACUUCUGUCAGCCACAACGAAGAGUGAAUUGUAAGAAGCAGUCAACAGCUCUGUGCUUCUGAGAAGUGGACCCACGUGGACAUCUGAGGUCAGGGACUCCAACCUCUCAACUUCCUACAUGGCAAAUACUGCUCAUUAUGACACCCUUCACCAGUUACAUUCAUGAGAAAACAGACAUUUGCUAAAUUUAAUAUUUUUCAAAUUUGUGGAAUGGUUCUGUCGUGAAAGAAAAUGUAACAUUUGCUAAAAUGUUAUUUUUACCUAUUUCCGAAUUAUGAUUUCAGUCGUUUGUGAAUAAUGAACAGGACAUAAAAUGUUUUGAUUUGUAAUUUUAACAUCAAUUUACCCAAAUGACACAUUUUAGCCUAUCGCCAAAUAUACACUGAACAAAAAAAUAAACGCAACAUGUAAAGUGUUGGUCCAUUGUUUCAUGAUCUGAAA